AUGGCAGUGAGACACCAUGAAGCCUUAUCGAAAUGCGAUGUUGCAGACGCGACGCAAUACUCAGUGACUGCGGUGGAGGACGGGACUAAGAGGUUCGUGUGCUCCAAGUGCGGACGUCUGUACAAGCGCAAGAACCACGUGGUGCAACACUUGCGGUACGAGUGCGGCAAGGAACCGCAGUUCGCGUGCAACUACUGCGGUUUCCGAGCGAAACAGAAGAGCAAUCUCAAGACCCACGUAGUCACCAGGCACAGUGAAGUGCUGACCACUGACUGGACCUUGAAAUGAUGAUGGCCUUUAUCUGGACAAUGUAGAAUGACACGUCAGGCGCGUUAUAUAGUAUUAACCAUUUUAGUUUAACACCAGGUUAACGAAAUCCUUGAUUAUGUGAAUAAUCUGUUAAUGAAACAUUAACAUAUGGUAGUUUGAACCAAAUAAUCAUUGGAACACAUAUUGUACUGUUGUAAGGUGGUGUAUAAGCGAAAAAGGUGACACAAUAAUCAUUCAAAUUUUAGUCUACUCAACUCAUAGUAAUUAUUUACAGUAAUGUGCGUAAUACACUGUAACUCUCAUUUUUGUAACGUAUACCUCCUAAAAGCGUGCCUUUAUAAAAUAGGAAAUCACUAAUAAAAUAAAUUGGUGAUUUAAAAAUGCUAUUAUCUUAGUAAGCUAAAUAUUAAUUAGCUUAAUAGUUUAAGACGUAUCAGUAAAAAUAAACAUAAGCUGUUUAUCAUAUAUACAAACAUUAUUUGUAUAAUUAAUUCAGUAUUAAACCCUAUUGUCCCACCUCAACAGUAACGAUUGUAAAGAAAUAAUGAUCUGCACAACCUAUGCAGUAACUAUCGAACGGUAUGCUCAGUAAAACUCACAAGAAGUAGUUAUGUUUUCAAUGUUCUACAUCCACCCGUAUUUCCCGUAUUUGAAUAUUUUCACUUGCAUAAUAUUUGAGUUUUGUAUUUUUAAUUAUUCAGCUGAUUUUGGAAAUAGCACGUGGUGAUGCGGUGAUCACAUAGACGGGUGUGAGUGGGGAACAGCGAGUCGGGCUACUUUGGGGUUAGCGAUAACGGUUUAAUAGUGAAAGGUGCGAGUAAAGAGCCAGUGGCUCUGCCUAUAGGUUUUAUCUCCUUACAGUUGGCGUUUGGUCAAGACCGUCUGAUCUCUACUCUUAUCGUCUAUUGGUUCGGAGAAGCUCGCAAUGUAGCCGGCAGCGUCUUCUGCCGUUCUGUAUACACGGGCUUGCUUCUCGUUAUGAGUCUCUAAUGUAAUGGAUGCAAUUUCUUCACAAUAUCCUUUGUGAUAGUCCAGUCUCUUUAUCGAGGUGUGUGGCUUGUGUCCUCCUCGCCCCUACGACUGUUUACGUGUGCUUACAAGAAAUCGUGGCGCGAAACCCCCGUCUCUUUCCCUAUCAGGAGUGUUCCAAAUAAAGUCUAUCACAACGUUUUUUUACCGCGUUAAUUGUCGUGUUUAAGUCCCGUUUAGGCUUUUACCGACAGUUAUGUUGUAGUUGCGUGGGCGUUCCUGUUUCCACCUUGAAUCUGUGAACAAACCGAAAGAUUGUGCUAAAAUGAAAGGAGUCAAUGACGUUUAUAGAUACUAUAAACUGUUUAUUGACUGCAAUGUCGAACACUAACAGGCGAUGUGCUGUGCUGUGUGAGAGUGAAGUCUUCGUUACCGUAAGUCUAACAUCCAGUUUCAUUCUCAAAUUGUUAGUCUACAAACCCAGUUUCUAUCACCUUAUAACCUUUUCCAAUCCUUGCCCAAACUAGUUUUAUAUUAACUUUCUAAUCUCUAAAUAUUGUUCAAUUGGUUUCCCAUAGCCGGAUUAUUUCUUAUAUAAACAUAAUCAGUGGGUUAACGUUUGUAGAUGGAAAAGGAGAUAAUUCCUUUCUGCAGCAGACCGCAGACGG